UCACAGACCACUUGUCACUCAGCUCAUUCAGACAGUUCAUAGUUUAUACGUGUUUUCGUUGCACGCGCAGGUAAAUACAGUAGUUUAUUCCGUGCGUCUUGUGUUAAAAGUUGUCACAUUUAGGUCCUGCGUUUUAUAUAAUUCGGAAAACUCUUCGUUACUUACUAUUCCACUUGUAAGGGAACAUAUUUUCACCACGGUGACUGACUCUUUCGCUCACCUCAUCAUCAUGGCCACGCGCGUGCGACCGAGCAGUAAGCGGUGUGCAGUCAUCGGGGGCUCUGGCUUCCUGGGCAGACACUUGGUGGAGAAGCUGUUGGGUCGAGGCUACUCCGUUUCUGUGUUCGACAUCCGCCAGAGCUACGAGCUGCCUGGCGUCACCUUCCACCAGGGAGACCUCUGCGACAAACAGGCUCUGCUGUUGGCUUUGAAGGAUGUGUCCCUGGUCUUCCACUGUGCCUCUCCUGCCCCUUCCAGCGAUGACCGCGGGCUAUUUGAGAGGGUCAACAUUCAGGGCACACGCACCGUCAUUGAGGCCUGCGUCGAGGCUGGAGUACAGAAACUGGUCCUGACGAGCAGUGCCAGUGUAGUGUUUGAAGGGACGGACGUUAAGAAUGGGAGAGAGGAUCUACCAUACGCCAAGAAGCCCAUCGACUAUUACACAGAGACCAAGAUUGAGCAAGAAAAGCUGGUCCUUGAGGCUUGUGACAAGGAGAAGGGUUUCCUCACAGUUGCCAUCCGGCCUCAUGGCAUCUUUGGCCCUCGGGACCCCCAGCUGGUUCCUAUUCUAGUGGACGCGGCUCGCAGGGGCAAGAUGAAGUUCAUCAUCGGUGACGGGACCAAUCUGGUGGACUUCACCUUUGUGGAGAAUGUAGUUCAUGGCCACAUCCUGGCUGCUGAACGCCUGAGGCCAGACUCUCCCAUAUGUGGAAAACCAUACCACAUCACCAAUGACGAGCCAGUUCGAUUCUGGGACUUCAUGUCUGAGGUGUUGGUGGGUCUGGGAUACGCCGCUCCUCGCUACCACCUCCCCUACACUCUUGUGUACGGCCUGGCCUUGCUCCUCUGGCUUCUGGCCCUGAUCCUGCGCCCUCUAGUGUCCUUUAAACCCACCUUUACACCAAUGAGAGUGGCUCUGGCUGGAACCCAUCACUACUACAGCUGUGACCGGGCCAAGCAGGACCUGGGCUACAAACCGGUGGUCGGUCUGAAGGACGGCAUAGCGCGUACAGUGCAGAGCUACCCUCACCUCAGACAAGGAGCUUGAGGGUAGAAGGGAGACGAAGACUGUUGAGACACGUAAGGCUGUGCAGUUACACCCACUCUAGCAAUAAGGGACCCUGAAUGGACAAUUCAGAAUGAGGGAACAGAAAGUUUACCUUUAUCUAAACCUCCCAAUGUGAAGCAUAUCGGUGCCUUUUCAACGUGUAUGUACCAUUUCCAACAGCAGAUGGCAGCAAGUUCCUCUGAUUUUGGUCCACACACUGCAGUCUGGCCUAUCCAAAGUUUCAAAGCACUUAGUGACCAGUUAAAACCACUGUUUGUGACCACAUAAAUGUUCUGAUCUUACACUGGGAAAACUGCAAAGACUUGUAUUCUUGUAUAUUUUCAUCUUGUGCUGUACACGCAUUGAGAUGCUGCUGUUUAUGUCAAAAUGCCUUAAUUCAUUCCACUAAACCACAAUUCUCCCACAACAACCUGCCUGAAAAUCUUAUUUAUAUGGCCAUAAGUAUGUGGACAGAGAUAUUACUGCCCAUAGUUUAGAGUGUAGGCUUACCUUCUUCAAGUGUGUCCUAAGACAACACAUGCAUAUAUGCACAUUAAAACAAUUUUUGGUUGCUGUAACUGUUCCUCUUGUCCACACUGACAAUGAAAGGAUCUCUUCCUAAUGUGACUUUAUAAUGCAAGAAAUGGGUGACAAAUCCACAGUCUUCAUUCAUUAUAUGCACAAAUUGAUAUCGAAGUUCAGCCAAAGCCAAUAUGAGGCAGUUUGUAUUUUUUUUAUUUUUUUAUUUUUAUUUUUAUUUUUUUUUUAAAUAAAAGAUCGACACAUCAAUGGGUAACAUCCAAACCUUCUGUGUACAAGUACAAAAUCCCCUCUUUGGGUAAUUGUCCCUCGAAGGAAACGCUGUCCUCACACUUUCGGUCAUGUAGUGUUUUUCCAUAGAUGCAUAAUUCACACAUUUUUUUCACAUGUUCCAAACACAUUUUACCUUCACACCGAUACUGGAUUAUCUCUGGUAUACUGUAUAUCAUCCUAAUGGCAUGUGUUUCUGAGAGUUGCGCCAAGUGUUAAAAUACUAUUCAAGGACUGUCAUCAAAUACGAUAAUCGGAUGGACAAUGCAAAUGCAUUGUAAGCUUUCUUAACCCUCCUUUUUUUUCUUACAUGCCGGCUUUCAUUCUGUUGUUUUAAUAACAACAGAGUUACGAAACUGACAAACCAGAGUGAUUCAUUUUCAAAGUAUUUGUGUCAAAUGUAUUCAUUAGCUGCCACAGCUAGUUCGCCUUUUCGAGGUGAAGCAUUUUUGUCAUUCCGUGUCUUAGUGUGGUGACAACAAGGUGGGGGUUAUGUUCAGAUAGUUUGAAUUCUCGUUUUAUUUCCGCACCAGCAGCACCCUAAUGAUUCACUGCUGGCGUCACAGGCAGGGCCGUCUGACUGGUUUCUUGUUCAGGGGAGCGAGAGAUUAUCCAGGUAGAUAAUAGAGCCGAGCUUCUCACCACAGUGAACUUUAGGCUCUCGGACAUGCAAAUUUCCUCGUCCACCCUCCCUCUCUCUCAUAUGUUGUGAAAUCUAUUCACACUCUUUUCUAAUUCGAAAAGUAUCGGUAAAUGUAUGACAUGCGUGAGAUUGCUUUUUGUACUGAAACACUGGUCGGCCAAUCCAUGCUUACUGUUGAUUGCUGAUCAAUGGCAGGAGCGUAGACACUCACAUUGAUCAAACGUUUACUUUGUGCUGCGCUUUGCCUGCCCUCCGCCCUAGAAUAUGAACUACAAAAGGUGAAACUAAGUCAUGAUUGAUUUUACUACACUCUGAUUAUGUAAGAUAUGAUAUACUUUAAGGUGGUGGUUUCAGUUUUCUUUGUACAAAAACAAAUGAAAGUACUCAUUUUCUAUUUCAAAUACAAAAUUAGAAUA